UGGUGUUGUGGUGUGAAGAAAAGUUCCUAGCUCGAGCUCCUUCCACCUGAACUUUUUUCGAGUCGCGCUAAGCAGAUUGCCAAGAUUUCGCGGGUGGGCGGUGAGCAGCGGCCUUUAUUGGACCAUGCCUCUCCACCAGCAGCUUCAAGUCACGUACCUAGUAGCCUUGUUCUACUGUAUGCCUCUUCAAGCUGCUUUGUUCUCCAUUCAAUAGCCUACCGUUCCAUCUAAUCUCGACAAUUGACCCUCACCCACCAACUCUAGCUUACUUCAAGACAAUGGCACCUGGAAUCGACAUGAGUGAUCGCAACGCCUGGGAUGAUUCUUUUUUGCAGAACUCGUGGAAUGAUGCUGUGACUGAAUACGAAAAAUAUCAUAGCAUUCAUAAAUCCGGGAAGCGACUUGAAGAUGUUUUGUCAGACGAAGAAUUGAAAGAACUCCGAGAGGACCAUGGAGACUUGAUAGAAGAGACAAACACAGUCGCUGUCGAGAUGGAUGGCGAUGGCGAUGGCGAUAUUGAUGUGGACCAGGAAGGCACCGAGACAUCACUUCAAGAGACCAGUGUGGUUGAGGAGAUUGGCCAAGCAGAGACUCAACCACGGGAACUGAGAGCUUCCGGAAAGCAAGAGCAAGAGCAGCCAAUAAGAACAGAAGAGCCGGCGCUGCAUGAGGGGGGACUGGCCGCUUCGAUGCCAUCCGCGAUUCUCGAAACAGUGCAAGACGAAAAUCUCAAGAAUGCCAUGAUGUCUUGGUACUACGCUGGUUACUAUACAGGUCUUCAUGCAGGACAGCAAAAGACGCCAAAGGAAAACCUGCCGAAGCAGUGAGGUGAUGGGAAACUGCGAGCACUGGAAAUUGUGCAUUUGAGACAAAAUCGAUGCCCAAGACUCAAUAAUAUGUAGAAAGUUUUGGACCCACCCAUUUCCACAAGUUUAGGCCGCGCGAUGUGCAGCUGUUACUAUUUGCUGAACAAGCCGUCUUUUAGCCAUAUCGUCUAGGUGUUUUUACUACUUUGGUCCUUGCGACGUACACGGAAAGAUAAGGUUACCUGUUCCCGACCGUGCUCAAACAGAUCUGCGACGCUACCGCGACAACCUCGAACUCAUUUCCAACAUAUCAGACUUCAAACUACCCCGCCACUAGUCACAACGUUGUGUGCC